AUGUCUGCGUACAAAACAUGUGCCCUUCUGCUCAUGCUAUUAGCCGUUUCUUCUAAAUGUAACGCGCUAGACGCAGCAUUACAUGUAGAUGCUCAGUCUGGAAGGCCUAUUCCUGAACACUUUUUUGGUGCAUUUUUUGAGGAGAUUAAUCAUGCUGGGUCUGGAGGGCUGUGGGCGGAACUUGUGAACAACAGAGGUUUUGAAGCUGGGGGCACAAUGGUUCCUUCAAGUAUCUUUCCAUGGACAAUUAUUGGAGAUGAAUCAAAUAUACGGGUGACUACUGAACUCGCUUCUCCCUUUCCUCGCAAUAAGGUUGCUGUGAAAUUGCAUGUCCUUUGUCGCUCCCCCGAGAAAUGCCCUCAGGGCGUUGGUCUCUCUAAUCCUGGUUUUUGGGGCAUGAAUGUUCAGCAAGGAAAGAAAUAUAAAGUGGUGUUCUUUGCUCGUUCAUCAAGGUCAAUUGAUUUGAAAGUUUCAUUGACAGGGGAAAAUGGACAAGAAUUAGCUUCUUCCAACAUCAGGGCUUCCGCAAAACAUGUUUCAAAGUGGAGAAGGAUGGAGAUGGUUCUUGAAGCCACAAAAUCAGACUAUAAUUCAAGCCUUCAAAUUACAACAACUCGAAAAGGAGAGAUUUGGUUAGAUCAAGUCUCAGCCAUGCCUAUGGACACAUACAAUGGACAUGGAUUUCGGAAGGACCUUUAUCAAAUGGUAGCAGACUUGAAACCAAAAUUUCUCCGAUUCCCGGGUGGUACUUAUGUUGAGGGAGAUCACUUGAAAAAUGCAUAUAGGUGGAAGGAUACUGUUGGACCUUGGGAGAAGAGACCCGGUCACUUUAAUGAUAUAUGGGGCUAUUGGACUGAUGAUGGCUUUGGUUUUUUGGAGUUUCUUCAGCUUGCGGAAGACCUUGGUGCCUUGCCUGUAUGGGUGUUUAAUGCCGGCAUUAGUCGUCAUGAAGAAAUCAAUACAACUGACAUAUGGCCUUUCGUACAAGAAGCUCUUGAUGGGAUUGAGUUUGCCAGAGGUGCCGUCACAACAAAAUGGGGCAAGAUGAGGGCUUCUUUGGGACACCCCGAGCCAUUUGAUCUACGAUAUGUUGCUAUUGGAAAUGAGGAUUGUGGGAUGUAUAACUACCUAGGAAACUACCUCAAGUUUUAUAAUGCUAUUAGGCAUUAUUAUCCUGAUAUUAAAAUAAUCUCAAAUUGUGACGCUACCGCCGCUCCAUUAGAUCACCCGGCGGAUUUGUUUGAUUUCCAUGUUUAUACAAGCUCUAAGGGUAUCUUCUCAAUGUAUAACAAAUUCGAUUCUUUGAAUCGUGCUGGUCCAAAAGCAUUUGUAAGUGAGUAUGCUGUUUGGAAAGGAGAUGCUGGAUUUGGAACCCUCUUGUCUGCUCUGGGUGAAGCAGCAUUCCUUAUGGGAUUGGAAAAGAACAGUGAUGCUGUGGGAAUGGUUUGUUAUGCCCCACUUUUUGUAAAUAUAAAUGACCAAAAGUGGAUACCAGAUGCUAUUGUAUUUGACUCAUAUAGGAGCUAUGGAAUUCCCAGCUAUUGGUUACAACAACUAUUCUCACAAUCAAGCGGAGCUACAUAUAUCAACUCAACACUUAAAGCCCCAACUUCCAUUGUUGCAUCAGCAAUUGUUUGGGAAAAUCAGGAGAACAAAAAGAGUUACUUGAGAAUUAAGGUUGUGAACUUUGAUGACAAGGCAGCGACUAUUGGCGUUACAAUUGAUGGCUUAGACCCCAAUGUGGAUCUUUCCGGAUCAACAGUAACAUUGCUCACAUCUACCAAUGUCAAGGAUGAGAAUUCUUUUUACAAUCCCAAAAAGAUUGUACCACAAGUGAGUCCACUAAAGAACCCUGGCUCUAAUAUGACUUUCAUACUUCCUCCAAACUCAGUGGCUUCACUUGAGCUUCCAAAAUGA